CUCCUAAUAAAUCAAGUGCCAGUAUAAACUAGUUCAAAGGACCACCUUGUUCUCAAAAAGGACCACCUUCUUCUCUAGAUCUCCGUCUCCGUCACAUUCUACGGUGGUUUUGUGCAACUGAAGGCAAUGGAAACCCUAACCGCCGUAGACGACGGCAACAUAGGCACCUCAAUCCUGAUGCGCUUCACCGACCCCAACAACCAAGUCGACCUCGAAAUCCGCAAACUCAUCGUCGUCAUGGCCCAGCUCUUCCGAGACCACAACGCCGCUCCGACGCCGGAAGCCUACCUCGGCUCCACCUGCUCCUCUCUCGACCUCGUCGCCUCCACCUUCGACGUCUCCAACCCCAAACGUCCCACUGACGUCAUCGACGCCCACCUCACAGUUCUCUCCAUCGUCAUUCCGAAAGCCCCCGCCAGAUUUCUGAUGAGCAAUCUCCAGUUGAUCGUUGCUUGUUUGAGGCGACCUCUCCGGUCUAAGUUUCCGUUUCCGUUGGACGCCACUACCUGCUGCUUAGGAGUUAAAUGCCUUGCUCACUUGAUCAUCGUUAUCACAAAACGCUUCAACAGCUGGUCAGAUGUUUCCGAACUCUACAGCUUCUUACUCACCUUCGCUACCAUGACUGGCACCUGCCUGGUGACAGACGAAGCGUGUUCGAGUCUUCAUCAUGUACUACAAUGUUUUCAAGGCACGCCGCUGCUUGACCCUGCAAGCAAACAGAUUGCUCACUUGUUGAAUAAGUAUCCUCCGCCGCAGCAAGCAAUCCAACCAGACAUCUGCAAGGAGAGUCAAGUAGUUCAACGCAAAGUUUUUAAGGCCGUGCUUGCUUUGGAUGCUGUGGCAGUACUUCUUCCCGUUAUGUCAACCCAGGACAGAACUGCUGUGCUCUUCUACUAUAAAACUCUGUUUGAACUGCAACAAGGCUAUGUUACAUUUCGCAUAAUAAAUGGUGUGCAUAGAGUUUGUCUCAACCCAUCUCCAGACGUUUCUCCUGAAUUGUUGCUCGAUCUAAUAUGCUCGAUAUGUCAUUCUGUCUCCAAACAUGAGACACAUUAUAUUGUGAAAAAUAUAUCUGAAUUGCUGGCUACUGGAGUGGCAAAAGUCUAUUCCUUGAACAGGAAAAUCUGCGAAACUAAGCUCCCUAUUGUGUUUGAUGCACUCAAAGUUAUAAUGGUAAAGCCUGAAGAAGAAGACAUCGCUCAUGCAGCACAGGCAUUUAAGUGUUUAAUUCGUGCUUGCAUCGAUGAAAGCUUGAUCAAACAGGGAGUUGACCGUAUUCUGAUGAAUGCAAAUAUGUAUAACAGAACAAACUCUGAGCCAACUAUAAUUGAAAAAUUGGGUGCUACUAUUCAAAGCUUAUUUGGUUAUUCCGACACUACUAUCUUGUACCUUGCUUUUGAAAUUGUCUCAACAAUGUUCAAGAAACUAGGGGUAUACUCUUCUUAUUUGAUGAAGGGUACACUGAAGACCUUAGCAGACAUGCAGAAGUUGCCUGAUCAAGAGUUCCGUUUCAAGGAGGAGGUCAAGCUUGUUCUACAAGUGGUUGUUGAGAAAUGGGGGCGUGAUGCUAUAAUGGCUGUCUUGCCUCAAGAACACAUGGAACUGCUUGCAGAGAUCUAUGAACAGCUGGGUUCUAAAUCUGUGGAGGCGAGAUCUAAUGUGUCCACAGAAACUACUGUCAGACUGUUUUCGUUACUACCAGAAACAAUCAAGCGUAUGAUAAAGCACCAUGUAACAAUUCAAAACGGGAGAUGGAUGACCCAUAUAUUGAGUAUGAGGCCUGGAAUAGAGAGUUCAGGGAAUGGCGUGCUAGGAAUAUUGCCAAGGGUGCUGCCGCACGAAGGAUGUUGGGUGCAGCUGCGAUGACAAAGAAGCUUAAACUCUAGAGGCUUGUAGUUCAAGACAGUUUAUAUACUUAUCUACGUAGUUAACUUAUUCACGAAGGUAAGUUGUUAUUGUAGGCCACGUUUAUGUUCUGAUUCCUGAUGUUGAGUCUGAUCCAACAGAAGUCUAGAGUGGUGUGCUUGUUUGUAUACAAUAUUGGAACAGGGUUUAUAGGAGAAAACAGAAACUCCGCAUAUUUUUUAACAUAAUUUGAUGUUUAGUUGGAAAGUUGUACAAAUAACAAUAGUUUCUGAGA